GUGAGAAUGUAAAAAGUGGCUCUGGUGGGCCGAGCUGCAGCCAGGGCCUCCACCACUCCUCAGCUGGGAGACCCAAGACUGUGCUCUGUCCACCGCACCUCCUGCAUGUCCUGCUGCCCUGAGCUGUCCCGAGCUAGGUGACAGCCUGUCACGCUGCCACCAUGAACGAGGUGUCUGUCAUCAAAGAAGGCUGGCUCCACAAGCGCGGUGAAUACAUCAAGACCUGGCGGCCCCGGUACUUCCUGCUGAAGAGCGACGGCUCCUUCAUUGGAUAUAAGGAGCGGCCCGAGGCCCCUGACCAGACCCUGCCCCCCUUAAACAACUUCUCUGUCGCAGAAUGCCAGCUGAUGAAGACCGAGAGACCGCGGCCCAACACGUUCGUCAUACGCUGCCUGCAGUGGACCACAGUCAUCGAGAGGACCUUCCAUGUAGACUCUCCGGAUGAGAGGGAGGAGUGGAUGCAGGCCAUCCAGAUGGUUGCCAACAGCCUCAAGCAGCGGGGCCCGGGGGAGGAUCCCAUGGACUACAAGUGUGGCUCCCCCAGCGACUCCUCUGCAGCCGAGGAGAUGGAAGUGGCAGUUAGCAAGGCGCGGGCCAAGGUGACCAUGAAUGACUUCGACUAUCUCAAGCUCCUGGGCAAGGGCACCUUUGGCAAAGUCAUCCUGGUGCGGGAGAAGGCCAGCGGCCGCUACUACGCCAUGAAGAUCCUGCGGAAGGAGGUUAUCAUCGCUAAGGACGAAGUCGCCCACACGGUCACCGAGAGCCGGGUCCUCCAGAACACCAGGCACCCGUUCCUCACUGCGCUGAAGUACGCCUUCCAGACCCACGACCGCCUGUGCUUCGUGAUGGAGUACGCCAACGGUGGCGAGCUGUUCUUCCACCUGUCCCGGGAACGCGUCUUCACGGAGGAGCGGGCCCGCUUCUAUGGCGCGGAGAUCGUGUCAGCCCUGGAGUACCUGCACUCGCGGGACGUGGUGUACCGGGACAUCAAGCUGGAAAACCUCAUGCUGGACAAAGAUGGCCACAUCAAGAUCACUGACUUCGGCCUGUGCAAAGAGGGCAUCAGUGACGGGGCCACCAUGAAAACCUUCUGUGGGACCCCUGAAUACCUGGCGCCCGAGGUGCUGGAGGACAACGACUACGGCCGGGCGGUGGACUGGUGGGGGCUGGGCGUGGUCACGUACGAGAUGAUGUGCGGCCGCCUGCCCUUCUACAACCAGGACCACGAGCGCCUCUUCGAGCUCAUCCUCAUGGAGGAGAUCCGCUUCCCGCGCACGCUCAGCCCUGAGGCCAAGUCCCUGCUUGCUGGGCUGCUUAAGAAGGACCCCAAGCAGAGGCUCGGCGGGGGGCCCAGUGAUGCCAAGGAGGUCAUGGAGCACAGGUUCUUCCUCAGUAUCAACUGGCAGGACGUGGUACAGAAGAAGCUCCUGCCACCCUUCAAACCUCAGGUCACAUCUGAGGUUGACACAAGGUACUUUGACGACGAGUUCACCGCCCAGUCCAUCACAAUCACACCCCCGGACCGCUUUUUUUCUUCAGCCCUCUGCCAAACUCACCUCAGCGGUCCUAGUGGCCCUGCCUACAGGAUCCUGUCCUGCCCUCACCUUUGUGCCCAGACCAGGAUUUGGGAGACUCUCCACUGCCUGCCCCAGGACCAGGCCUUUGGGCAGUUGGAGAGAUGCCGGUUUUUAAUCAACAUAAAGCCCCAGUGAGGGGUGAAGCAUGGAGCCGUGGGGCCUACCUGAAUUUCUGGCUGGGGCGCCCACAGGCAGCCCUGCCUCUGGGUUGCUGCUUCUGUCAGAGGCUGCCUUCUGGUGGGCCGCCCGGUGGACAGCGCCCUGGUGCUGCCUUCCUUGCCCUGUCGUUAGGCUCGGAGUGGCCUGGCGUGGGGCAAUCCAGCCCCCUUCUCCCAUGGGGGCGGAAAAGCAAUAAUAUCCAGGGAUUGGGGGUGCGGGAGUAGGCGAGGGCCUUUGGAAGCCGCAUGCAGGAUUGGGGGUUCAGGGCUCCCUCGUGGGGAGGGGGCCUGCUCUACCCUGUGGGGAACCGGGACGGGGCCCAGGGGGUGGGCGCUGCCUCCUGGCCCUGUCUUCCCCCAUCCCCUAAGCUGCUCUCCUGACCCUGGGGAUGAGGCAGGAGGAGCAUUUGGGGGCUGACUUCCCCACCCAACAGCCCCGUGCCUUACCAGGGCUUCCUUCAGCCGGCCUUACCUCCUGCUGGAGCCCGGGCCUGGCCCCGGCUCCUCCUGAGGAUGGGGGCCGGGAUGUCCCCCUUCUCUCUGCCUGGGGCGGAGGGGCGCCAGCCUCGGCUGUUACACAUCUCGCACCGAGACAGUAUUGGGCCCGGUGGACUUGGGUCGAAGAGGGGGUGGGGCUGGGUGUCUGGUACGAACCGAGGUAGGGGCCUCUGCGAAGGGAGGCUCCAGGCCACCUCACUCCUUCCCCCUCUCCGGGCCCCGCGUUCUGCAGCCUUAAGGUGAACGUGUCAGUGCUCUGGGCACUCAACGUGCGUGCCUCAGGCUGUAUGUGUCUGUGGGUGUGCCUGUGCAUCUGGGAUGCAGAUGCACGUGGGGUGUGCGUGUGUGCAUGUGUGUUGGGUAUGUGUGUGCGAGGGCAAGCGAGUACCGGCCUCGAGUGUGCGUGGUGUGUGGGCUCGGGCCCCGCCCCUGGCUCAAGCAUUUCAACCCGAGGGGGAGGGGUGCUAGCCUAGCAGGGGAGCCACACCUGAGGUCCACUUGUUGCCCUGUCCCCCCUGCCUCGUUCCCCCCAGCAUCUCUGGGGUUUGGGAUUUAGUUUCUGUGCUUUUGAUCACCCCAGCCCACCUUCUGUAGGUAGGUCACAGAGAGACAUUCUGGGGGGGGGGGGUUGGUUUGGGUGGGUGGGUUCUGACUUUUCCUGUCUGUGUGUGUUUGUCGUUCACCUGACAGUUCUCCCUCCUCCCCACCGGCCUGUCCCCAUCCCUCGUGUUUGUACGGUACAAGCAAUAAAGACACUCAUUUCAGCCUGGGGCCCA